CCAUCGCCACCGCGGCGUGCGCGUCUCCUCCUCCUCCUCCUCCCCCACGAUGGCCGCCGGCGAGCCGCCGGAGUCCACGCGGCUCCGCCUCGGCGACGACAUCGCCUGGUCCGAGAUCAACGGCGUCUACGACCGCGACGACUCCCUCAAGGAGAACACCAACCCCAAGUGCCUCCUCAAGAACCACCCCCACCACAACGGCUCCUCGCAGCGCUUCUCCGGGAACCUCAAGCCGACGGCCGCGCCCAUCAUCGGCCUGUCCGGGAAGCUCGGCGCGCGGCGGCAGCACCACCACCACCCACCGGCCAUCUUCCCCAAGAAGGCCAAGACGGGGGGCGGCGGGCGCGCACCCAAGGCGGCCGUCCCGGAGCCCGAGUCCCCCAAGGUGUCCUGCAUCGGGAAGGUCCUCUCCGACCGCGAGCGCGCGCGCCUCGGCCGCCCGCCGAGGCCCCGCGGGGGCUCCAGGCCGCCCGGGUGCUGCGGCGGGCUCGGGUUCUUGAUGCGGCGGAGCCGGUCCAGGAACAGCGCCGUGGAGUGCGUCGACCAGUCCCCGCCGUCGCUGCCCCCUCUGGCAGAGGCGGCGAGGCGGAGCGAGGCGAGGGUCGCCGAGGCCGAGGCGGAGGAGGAGACGGCGGCGCCGGCGCCGGGGCUCGGAGGCGUGCGGCGUUUCGCGUCAGGGAGGCGGGCGCCGGAGUGGGCGGCGGCGAUGGAGGAGGACGACGGACACGUGGCGAGAUCUGGGCCGUUGUAGCGCGUGCAGGAGGGGAGUAAUUGAGAGGUUGUGGAUGGAUGUGCUUUGCGUGUAGUUGAGCUGUGUACAUAGUGCAAUUUCAGUUUGGAUUCACAAAUUUUGGUUGAUCUGCCGUGGAUUUUUCAUUUGCUGCAAGUUUGAUUGUAGUCUGAGUUCACUAUCUGUACAGAAAUUGACAGAAUCGCCAGUUUUUGAUCCAUUCAUCGAUCACUACUUCUGACUACCGUUUUGGUCAUGCAUGCAGAACCUUUUCUGACAAUUUA